UCCUUGACAGCGCGCAAGCGUAGCGCUGUGGCUACAGUGUAGCAGGAUACAAAUCGAAUCAAUCACUAGUCUACGCGACUCCGCCCAUAAAGGAAUGAAUGAAACUGUACACGGGGAUACCGUUAGGAUAUAUUCGUGACAUCAAUGUUAGUCCGUUUCAACAUCAAAUUAAUCAAUUGUCCUGAAGCAUGCAAGAGGAAACGGGCGACAUGGCCAGGCCUGUUGAACCAGGGCAUUUCUCAACAUGUGAAGCCCGGUUGGACAAGCACAUUGCGGGACUUUGCAGUGUCGAUUUCCCGGUAGCUGUGGUUCUUCCAGCCGGUGGCAGUGGAGAAAGAACGGGGCUAUUGACACCCAAACAGUUCUGCACGUUUCUCAACAGACCUCUGAUAAGCUACACAAUUCAAACUUUCGAGAGAGUGCCAUGGAGCCAAAGCAUCGUUGUGGUGUUUGCCAAGGAGAGCUUAGAUUUGAUGAUGGACAUUAUCCACCGCUUCCACCACAGAAAUGUCCCAGUGGUACAUGGCGGAUCUACUCGCCACAGAUCUAUAUUCAAUGGGGUCCGCGCCCUCAGUGAGGGAGAGGAUGGUACGGCCCGCGUCAAACCAAAGGUGGUCAGCAUUCAUGAUGCAGUGUGUCCCUUUGUGGAAGAGGACUUCCUCCUGAAGAUAACAAUGGCUGCCAAAGAGCAAGGGGCUGCUGGGGCUAUCCGACCUCUGGUUUCCACAGUGAUUGCUACCACAUUGGAGGGCUACCUGGACCAUUCUCUGGAGAGAACCAAGUACAGAGCCAGUGAGAUGCCCAGUGAUUCAUCUAUGAUGUCAUCUACCAGGCUUAUCAGAGGUGCAGCGAGUCGGACUUUGAGCCUUCAUCUGGCUCUGCAGUACUGCGGCACCAAUGCCAAGCUCAUCAAGGGCCUGCCAACCCUGUGGAAGGUGACCUACAAAGGAGAUUUGGCUGCAGCAGAGUCCAUUGUCAAAGAGACUCUCUCCCAGUCGGCCUGUGUUGUCACAGGUGGGUCUGCACAGGCUACAGAGCUAGCCAACGCUCUGCAGAGGCGCAUGAGCGCUUUGGACAUGGCUUCUUUGUACCCUUUAUCAUUCUGCCAGCUCGGAGAGACAAAGAGAGUCCAGCAGUGGUUCCCUGUCUCUUUCAUUUGUUCUAAUGAGCAAUCCAGCCAUGGAGAGAAUUUAGCUUAAGAUCAAUGGUGUUCAACUCUAGUCCUGGAGUUACGUAAUGUAUGCUGGUUUUGUCCUUGCUUUUUAAUCAGGGACUAAUUUAUUAUUGGGUAACCAGGUGUGUGGACUGAGACUCUCCGGUUGAAAUGAAUUGAUUAAGUGCCAGGGAGAAAUUCAUUCCUGCAUGGAAAACCCUCUUGGACUGUAGUAUAUUGGACUGGAUUCCAAUAUAAUUUAACAGCAUUAACUAACAUCAUAAUUUGGUUUAUUUCACAUUUUAAUAAAGUAUUUCUGUAAAAUGUUUCUUUGUAUCUUUCUUCAAGGAGGUGGAUGUGAUCUCAGAUAGGAGACGAUGCCAAAUCUCUGUCAAAAGAGUGAAACUUCAUUCAAGUUUCUGUGAACAGUUCUUGCUUGUCUGAAGUUGGAAAACCACUGAGUGCGUUGGAGGAGGUAGACCGAGCACUCCUGCAUCCAGUGGUCAUUAUUUGGGUGUAUUUGAACGUGUCGGAGGACGAUUCGUCCGCCAGCGAGCCGAUGGGAGGAGAGCCGGCGGCCAUGAUGGAGCUCGCCACAGGAGCCAAGCUCGGAAAUAUUUUAGUCUAUGGCAUCCAGCUUUAUCACUCAAAGGAAGCUACACUUUGGGGGCGGUCAGUGGAGAGGGUGGCCCAGAAGUCAUGUGCUCUGAUCCGGGACAGAAGCCCCGCCCUUACAGGACAGCUGCUCCAGGCGUGAGCUAACCCAGAAGAGCAGACCACUUCGUCCAGCCUCGCCUCGGACCACCCUUAUCACUACCCACCUACGGCUUUGCCACAAGGUGUGUGUUUGAGAAACACUCUGAGCCUUCAAACUCUGUGUAUGACAUGAACUGCACGAGAAAAAGGAACCGUGUGAUAGGGAAGAGUUUAACAUGAGACGGGUGUAUAUGGAGACAGUUCGCUUUGCAAGUGUGUGAGACUGUCUAUAGUCCUAUGGUCUGAGACUUCAAACAGUACUGCGUUUCAUUCACAUGGAGAAAUACUACAGUACUUACUAAAUAAUUCUGUAGUAAACUGUAAUAUAAUAUACAACACACUGUAGUAUCCCUUG